CCUGCCCGUAAACCACAUCAAACCUCAACCUACCUAGGUUGCGCUGUAAUGAGACAGUGCCCUCAUACCUACCUCUACUUAUCGUUCCCGGUAAAUCUCUUGCGAGGACAUAAGAAAAAGCGGCACGUAUGUUCCACCCAACCGCACAAAGAUCCAGUCCCAAGCUCCAUCUAUCGCCUUCCAGUUUCGAAUAGCGUCGGCCUGUGAAUUGUUUAUCUUCGUUUUAAUAGCGAACCAUGCCGUGGAAGCACAAGACAGCGGAGACCAGGCAACGGGUACGCGAAAACCAGCGGCGGUCUCGUGCCCGCCGGGAGGAGCUCAUGCGUGACUUGCAGCGGCGCUUGGAUGAGCAGGAGCGGCUCGGUGUCCAGGCCACGUUCGAGAUGCAGCAAGCAGCCCGUCAAGUGGCGCACGAGAACAGGAGACUACGUGCCUUGCUAUUUCAGAAAGGGGUCUCUGAUGCUGAAGUGGACGAGUUCCUAGGUCGUGGAGAUCCGGGUCUCAUCGACAAUCAGCAGGUUCAUGAUCGCCUCGUGCCGAACGCGGAGCGACCUAAGACACCUGCACGCAGCUGCAAUCUGAAUUCGUCAUGCGAAAACCCGCCACACAGAACGGAGGAGAACUCGGGUCUCCUUGAAUCGAUCGGCCCGCCGGACGAGGAUGACACACCAACAGUUCUGGAAGAUUGGCCACAUUCCAGCGAAACUUCCUCAUCGCAUCUAACCGAUCCAGCUGUCCUCUAUAACUCGGGCAUGGAGACGUCCUGCGACGUCGCGGCUGCGAUCCUUGCCAACAUGCAUGGUCACGCAGACACCAGUCGUAUACGGGUCGUCCUCGGUUGUACCGGCCCGAGCGACUGUAUCGUCAAGAAUACGAGAGUGUUUGACCUCUUGGACGAAGCAGCAUAAUUCUAUCCGCCAUUAUAAUCUGCCUUCUCUAUAUCAUCAUGCAUUGCUAAUAUUCUCGUAGUGUCUUGCCCUCAAAGAUACAAUCCUUUGAUAAUGGUAUCC